AAAUUCAAAUUCGAACUGAAAUUGUUCGGGCAAAGCGAAGGGGAGUCGUCAAGGGUGUACACAGAAAAAGUGCAGUGUUCGUCAACAGCCACGUCUUUCUUGUGGUAGAUAAAACCUCCAGCUGUUGGUUAUUUGUCGAGAAGGGAUAAACCGUCAAAAUGGAUCCUUUUACUGAGAAACUUCUGGAGCGGACUCGCGCUCGCAGAGAGAAUUUACAGAAGAAAAUGGCAGAGAGGCCAAAUGCAGCAAACCGACAAAUGAUCAAAAGACCCAGAGAGCCACUAGCUGACACAAACUGUGUGACCAUUGAACCACCUACUGACCAAGUCCCACAUGGGUCCACAAAACCUUCUCCUUCCAAGCGUAUGUACUCGGGGGAAAAUGUUCAGCCAUUUAGUGACGAGAACCAGAACCCAGUGGUAUCACCACCCACAGCCUCAACGAUGUCUAACCCUCCUACAAACAAAAAGCCUCCAGCCAUGCCAACCGUCACUCAACCUUCCUCCAUCCUGGAUAACACUGAUACUGUGCUUGUUGUCCAGUUUCAGCCUAGUCAGCUGAAAACUGACCAGCCAGCAUCAGGAACGAUGAAUCCAAAUCUCUUUCUUAGUUUCUCUGGUCCAAGCACCAGUAAAGCAGAAGUUGCCCCUGCCAGUCCGUCCCUGCACAGAAAUAAGGACCAUGCUGUCAGUAAUUCAGCUCCAUCUGCUGCUGCCAUGAAGUCACGUCUGCAGAAACUAGCUGAGCAGAGAAAGUUUUGGGACGGCAACUCGGAUUCUCCUUCAGACACCACUUCCCUGACACCUUUAAAGAAGCAAACUGAGGUUCCUCCAGCUGCCACCUCCUCCACAUCCUCAGAAAUGUUUCUAGGAAGGAGAGGCAGGCUGGCUAACCUAGCAGCUACCAUUGGCUCCUGGGAAGAUGAUCUAAGCCAUGCCAAUAUUCCCAGACAGAAUACAAAAGAGAAGCCUGUUUCAGCUGUUUCCAAAUUUACUUUAAGAGAUGCCACAGUAUCUACCACCUCUACAUCACUAGCUGAAGGCUGUUCAGUUGCCAUGUCAGCUGCAAGCAGCAAGUUUGUUCCUGUCUUUAGUCAGUCUAGCAGUGUGGUUCCACAAACCCUUCAGAAGGUCGACAUCCAGAAAUCUAAAUCCGCUCAGCAGCCAGGAGCCAAUCGUCAGAAGAGCGCCACUGAUGAACCAGCUUUUCCAUUAAGACCUCAAACGUCCGUCCCCUCCCCUUCAACAUCAGUGAUUGAAAGUCCACAAAAGAACCAGGUACUCUCCAAUGAAGACACUUCUCCUGCCAGCCCUAAAAAGCCAGCACUCUGCGCAAAGCCUGUCAUUGGUGGUGCCUCUGAUGUGCAUGAAAAAGCAAGUUCUGGGGCUCCUGUUGUGAAAUCUUUCUUGGAGCGCUUUGGUGAGAGAUGUCAUGAGCAAACCGGCCAGGGCUCUCCAGCAGGAAGCACUGUCCAGGCCAAGACUCGCACUGCAACUCCAUCAGCAACCCCACACACUAGACUGUUACAAGAGAGGCUCCGGGCUGCACAAGCUGCAAACACAACCAGUGCUGACCUAACCCAAAGACAGAAGCUGCAGCGUGAGUCUGAACUGGCUCAAAUUCGCAGUUGUGUCCAGAAGGUGAACAACUUGUGGAAAAACGCAGAUCGACCGGCAGAAGGCAAGGAAUGCUCAGAUGUCAAGGAGUUUGUCAAGUGUGCAGAAGUUACUACAUGUCAGCCACAGAGUGAAGUCCUGUCUGAGAGAAUGGACACGCCCACUGAAUACCAUCUCUCAGUGCAAGGUCCAGGGUUGUCCUCACCUCCAGCAUCCACAUCCAGUCCUCUAAAGGUGGUCCCCUGCACUGGAGAGAAGCCAGUUGCUGACAACCUAGAACAAGAGGUGGUGAAAGACCUGGAGAUGAAUGUGGACCAGUCUGCCAACUCUGCACUUAUCAAUGAGCUGUUUAAUUGCGUGCUGGAACAGGAAGACCAGGAGGAUGAAGAUGAAGAUGCUUUUAAUAUCUCCUCCAUGUCCCUCCUUACACCGCUAGUCGAGACUGUGGCUGCUGCAGUGAAGAGUCCAGAAAAGGGAAUGAUGACAUCAACUCCAGCCAGUUCAUUCAUUGUGAAGGAAAGCACUCCAGACAGGACUCCUACACCUGACAAGUUCCAGAGAUCUGACCUAACGCAGGCUACGUCUGCACCUUCAGACAGCGCUGGUUACAUGGAGGAUGAGCACAGGCUUCCUUACAGCAUUGAUGCGUACAGGUCUACUAGAGUAAAGGACACAGAGAGGCCCAUUGUUAAGCAGAUCAAUUUGCUUAAAGACAACGUUUCCAACCAAGCAGAUGAGCCCAGAACCUCCAGUGUGUUUAGCAUCAAGCAGAAGAUAAAGAUUCUGACAAACGAGAUAAACCUACAGCAGACGGUGAUUCAUCAGGCAAGCCAGGCUCUCAACUGCUGCACUGACGAGGAGCAUGGCAAAGGAUCCCAGGUGGAGGCUGAGGCAGAGAGGCUGCUGCUGGUAGCAACUGCGAAGAGAGAGGCCUUAAAGACGGAGCUAGAGCGAUUGAAAGGAGAUCCAAAAGAACACAGACGGGAGCCUGAAGCCCUGGAGCCCUGCAGAGUGUCUCCCUCCAGAGGCCUAGUCACUCUGCAUGAGUUCCGCCUGCCUCUUAAGGCAGACUUUGUCUGCUCUAUUGCCAACAAGCCAGAAUCUACCAAACAUUCUUUCUUCCUCCUAAUUCGUGCUGGAGCUGAGAAGACGGUGGCCACUCCCCUGGCCAGCACACACCGAGGCCUCAGUGGAGACACCCUCAGCUUCCAAAUGAACUAUACCAUAUCUGAUGUCUCUAGUGACUUUGAAAUAGAUAUUGAGGUCUACUGUCUGGAGCAAAAACGGGAGGUGUGUAGUGACAAAAAGAAGAAACCCACAAAGUCUAAGGCUAUCACACCAAAAAGGUUUCUCACCAUCACCAAAAAUGUUCAAACACCAGUUGUAGCCAGUCCUGGAGGCCCCAAUGCUGUUCGUACCAGUAACUUUGUCCUGGUUGGUACACACAAGCUCACUCUGGCAUCUGUUGGGAGAAGUAAAUUUCUUCUGGAAAAGGUGCCAUUCUUGUGCCCAUUAGAGGGUCACAUUUACCUCAAGCUGCAGUGUGAAGUUGCCUCCAAGGUGGAAGAGAGGGGCUUUCUGACAAUGUUUGAGGAUGUGAGUGGAUUUGGAGCCUGGCACAGGAGGUGGUGUGUCAUGUCAGGCUACUGCAUCUCCUACUGGACCUACCCAGAUGAUGAAAAAUGCAAGAACCCCAUUGGCUGCAUUAGCUUGGCUAACUGCACCAGUAAGAGAGUGGAACCAGCCAACAGAGAGUUCUGUGCCAGACCCAACACGUUGGAACUAAUCACAGUCAGACCACAAAGAGAGGGGGACAGAGAGACACUAGUUAGUCAGUGUAAGAACACAAUGUGUGUGACUAGGAACUGGCUGAGUGCUGACACCAAGGAUGAGAGGAAUCUGUGGAUGAAGAAACUCAACCAGGUUCUGGUGGACCUGCAUAUGUGGCAGCCUGCUACUCAGGGGCCUCUGUAAUCUCCUAUCUGUUGGGACUGUUUUUACUGCCAGAAUAUACCAUUACUAUGUGCAAUACAAUAUAAGAAUGGUUAAUAAAUGUACUAGUAGAGGUUAGUAAUGAUGUGACAUCAUCUGUAUGCAGGACAGGGGAGACUAUAAAGCCAUACUUUAGACGCAACGCUGUGCAGGAGCACGAGACCUCAUCUAAGACUGGUUCCGUAUUUUGGCUCUAAAUAUGCUUGGCUGUGAAUACUCACAUAUGGGAUACAUGGCUUUAAAUAAUUUGGUUUCAAUGCUGGGCAAUAAAUAUAGAUAGAUAGUUGAAAAUGUUUUGUUUGAAGCUACAAUUUUCACGAUAAAUGCUUUAUAAUUUACUCUGCAUGUUAGCACAGGUCAGUAAUGAUGCUUUAUGUAUUACAAAUGUAUUCUGUCAAACACAAACAUUUUUUAAUACCAAUAACUAAUUGAUUUGUAGUGUUUUGUCAGGAGCUACAGUAUGUACUGGUUUCAUUAGAUAAUAUGGGUGGUGGGCUAUGACACAUUAGUACAAAAUGAAACAUUCACACACACCAAGUGGCCAGCGAACUGGUUAAACUCUAAAUACAAUAAGCAGCUCAUCAGUUCUCAGUGCUGGAAAACAAUGUUAGUGGCAACAAUGGCAUGAACAUAAACAUGUCUGAUUCUCUGAUUUAAUAAUCAGUCCCUUGGGUUUUGGUUUUGUACACACUGGCCUAUGUGCAGCCUUGGGGCAGCUGGUGUGCUGCUUUGUUUUUAUGCUGAGCCCUGUUUGUCACAUAGGGGUUAAAUGAAUAGUUGGUUAUAAUAGACCCAUGUGAUGGAGAAUAAUUAGGCCAGCCAUUUGACCACGUUUUUUUUAACUUACUGAUGUUAAGUGUUUACUUUCAUACCUACAUUUGCCUUAUUUAAACUCUGCUUUCAGUACGUUUCAUUUUUGGUCAUUUGCUUUAAUAAAACCCUGCUGGUCAAAUGCAAUGGCAUCAC